AUGGUUUCAUCUGGGUCCAGGGUAAUAAAGCUGUCAUUUGAAGAGUUUGAUCUCGAGAGAGGAUAUGACACACUGACUGUGGGAGAUGGGGGGAAGAUAGGAGAUACUCGGAGAGUGCUUUAUGUACUCACUGGCUCCAGCGUCCCUGACCUCAUUGUCAGCUUGUCCAAUCAGAUGUGGCUACACCUGCAGUCAGACGAUACAAUCGGCUCAGCAGGCUUCAAGGCAGUAUAUGAAGAGAUCGAACGAGGGGGCUGCGGCGAUCCUGGGGUGCCUGCAUUCGGUCGCCGUAGCGGUGACCGCUUUCAACAUGGUGACGUGUUGACCUUCUUUUGUCAGGCAGCCUUUGAACUUGUGGGAGAAAGAACCAUCACAUGCCAGCACAAUAAUCAGUGGUCUGGCAAUAAACCCAGUUGUGUCUUCUCAUGUUUUUUCAACUUCACGGCCCCAUCAGGGACUGUAUUGUCCCCAAACUACCCAGAGGAAUAUGGAAACAACCUGAAUUGUGUGUGGUUGAUCAUUUCUGAACCGGGAAGCCGCAUUCAUCUCCUCUUCUCUGACUUUGACCUGGAGCCACAGUUCGACUGGUUGGUGGUCAAAGAUGAAGGUCUGUCUGAGCCAACAACAUUUGGGACAUUCUCAGGAAAAGAUGUUCCAUCACAGAUCGCCUCAAACGGUCACAUCAUGAGACUGGAAUUUCAGUCUGAUCAUUCAAAUACUGGGAAGGGCUUCAAUAUCAGCUAUACCACAUUUGGUCAGAAUGAAUGCCAUGACCCAGGAGUCCCAGUAAAUGGUCAGAGGUACGGUGACCAGUUUCAGCUUGGCAGCUCAGUGGCGUUUCGCUGUGAUCAAGGAUUCAUUCGGACUCAGGGGUCCGAUCAGGUCACCUGCAUUAUUCAGGAUGGAAAUGUUGUCUGGUCUGCAGCUGUACCUCGCUGUGAAGCUCCCUGUGGAGGGCAUCUUACAGCUCCUACAGGUGUUUUGCUAUCUCCUGGUUGGCCCUCCUUUUACAAAGACUCUCUGAACUGCCAGUGGGUGAUUGAAGCACAAGCAGACCAUGCUGUAAAGAUACACUUUGACAAGUUCCACACAGAAGUCAACUAUGACACACUGGAGAUCAGGGAUGGCCCCUCAGCAUCCUCUCUCCUGAUCGGCGAAUACCAUGGUACCCAAGCGCCUCAUUUCCUGAUUUCCACAUCAAACUUCCUGUUCCUGUUGUUCACUACAGACAACAGCCGCUCUGCCGCAGGCUUCAGCAUCAGAUAUGAAAGUGUGAAAAUGGAGUCAGACUCGUGUCUCGAUCCUGGUAUCCCAGUGAAUGGUCGUCGCCAUGGCAGCAGCUUUUCCAUUGGCUCUCGUGUGUCAUUUACAUGUGACCCGGGAUACACACUUAGCGAUCAGGAGCCAAUUGUUUGCGAGCAGAAUCAUCAGUGGAGUCACGCUCUUCCCAGUUGUGAUGCUCUUUGUGGAGGUUAUGUUUAUGGUAAAACGGGAACAAUUCUGUCUCCUGGCUUUCCUGACUUCUACCCCAAUUCUCUUAACUGCACCUGGACUAUAGAAGUGUCCCAUGGAAAAGGAGUCCAUUUGGUUUUCCACACUUUCCAUCUGGAAGAGAACCAUGACUACUUGUCAAUCACAGAGGAUGGCAAUUUUCAGGUUCCGGUAGCUCGACUCACUGGCUCCGUGCUGCCUCCUAGUGUUAAAGCCGGACUCUAUGGGAACUUCAGCGCUCAGCUACGGUUUAUUUCAGAUUUUUCCAUGAGUUACGAAGGAUUUAAUAUCACUUUCUCAGAGUAUGACUUGGAGCCAUGUGAGGAUCCUGGUGUACCAGCAUCCAGCAGGAGAAUGGGACUCAGCUUUCAAGUUGGUGAUUCAUUGAACUUUUCUUGCUUCCCUGGCUACCGACUUGAGGGAGAGAGCAAGAUCACUUGCCUGGGAGGAGGCAGGCGAGUCUGGAGCAACACGCUACCACGAUGUAUAGCUGAGUGUGGGGCCUCCUCACUGGGACCAGAAGGUGUUCUCCUUUCUCCAAAUUUCCCCUCCAACUACAAUAACAACCAUGAGUGCAUCUACCGCAUUACUACUGAAAAGGGCAAAGGAAUCAGGCUGAAAGCUGAGAGCUUCUCAUUGCAAGAUGGAGAUUAUCUCAAGGUAUAUGAUGGAGAGAACAGUUCGUCACGCCUCCUUGGAAAUUUUACUCGUGAAGACAUGAUGGGUCGUGUCAUCAAUAGUACAUCUAAUCACCUGUGGCUGGAGUUUAAUAGCAAUGCUUCUGGAACUAAUCAGGGUUUCCACCUUACAUAUACAAGUUUUGACCUAGUACGCUGUGAGGAACCAGGUGUCCCUAGUUAUGGCUAUAAGAUCCAGGAUGACGGUCAUUAUGCCAACACUUUUGUCCUGUACUCCUGCAACCCUGGAUACAGUCUUCAUGGGAGCAGUACACUCACCUGCCUCAGUGGUGACAGACGCGUCUGGGACAAGCCGCUUCCUUCCUGUGUCGCUGAGUGUGGAGGUCACAUAACUGGUGCGGUGUCUGGACGGAUUCUGUCUCCAGGAUAUCCUGCUCCAUACGACAACAACCUCCACUGUACCUGGACUAUAGAGGCUGAUACAGGAAAAACUAUCAGCCUGCACUUUAUUGUCUUUGACACCGAGGUUGGCCACGAUAUUCUGAGAGUUUGGGAUGGCCCAUCGGGACCAUCAGAUGGUGGGAUCCUGUUGAAAGAAUGGUCAGGGCCAGCGUUACCUGAAGACAUCCACUCGACUUUCAACAUACUUACGCUGCAAUUUGAUUCUGAUUAUUUCAUCAGCAAGCAAGGAUUCUCAAUACAGUUCUCCACCACAACAGCCACGACCUGCAACGACCCCGGCAUUCCUGUCAAUGGUUCUCGAUAUGGGGACAGUAAGGAACCUGGUGACAGUAUGACAUUCCAGUGUGACCCAGGGUAUCAGCUUCAGGGCAAAGAUACUAUCACAUGUGUGCGAAUGGAUAACAGAUUCUACUGGCACCCUGACCCUCCAACAUGUGUAGCAACAUGUGGCGGUAACGUCAGUGGUCCUUCUGGGGUAAUUCUGUCUCCCAACUACCCCCAGCCCUACCCGCCUGGGAAAGAGUGCGACUGGAGAAUCCGAGUCAACCCAGACUUUGUCAUUGCCCUCAUCUUCAAAAGUUUUAACAUGGAGCCAAGUUACGACUUCCUGCACAUCUAUGAGGGUGAAGACUCUAAUGGGCCUCUACUAGCAAGUCUCCAAGGCAACCAGGCCCCAGAGCGGAUAGAGAGCAGUGAUAACAGUCUCUUCCUUGCAUUCAGAUCGGAUGCCUCGCUGGGCAUGUCUGGAUUCGCCAUCGAAUAUAGAGAAAAACCAAGGGAAGCCUGUUUUGAUCCCGGUAAUGUUAUGAAUGCCAGUCGGACAGGGUACGACUAUAAAUUGGGAUCUCAGGUCUCCUACAGCUGUCACCAUGGCUACACAAUAGCAGGUGAAGAUACCAUCACCUGUGUCAUGGGUCCAGAUGGAAAGCCAGUGUGGAACAAGGCACUGCCAUCAUGUAAAGCGCCAUGCGGAGGACAGUACGGUGGAUCUGAAGGGGUCGUUUUGUCUCCAAACUAUCCUUUAAACUACACGACAAAACAGACUUGCUCCUAUUACAUCACAGUGUCGCCUCAGUUCGUGGUGUUUGGUCAGUUUGCUGUCUUCCAAACAGCAAUGAAUGACUCAGUGGAACUGUUUGAUGGACCCAAUGACAACGCCCGAUUGCUCAGCUCCCUGGCUGGUUCACAUUCAGGAGAGACGCUGCCAUUGGCAACUUCCAAUCAAAUCAUGCUCCGGUUCAAUGCUAAAAGUGGCCAAUCAGCUAGAGGCUUUCACUUUGUCUACCAAGCUGUCCCUCGGACCAGUGACAGCCAGUGCAGUUCAGUACCUGAGCCUCGGUAUGGCAGGCGGAUUAGUUCAGAGUUCUCAGUGGGCUCUGUGGUUCGGUUUGAGUGCAAUCCAGGAUAUCUAUUAAAGGGAUCCAAUGCGAUUCGGUGCCAGGCGGUGCCAGGUGCCCUUGCGCAGUGGAACACAACAACACCAACUUGUAUAGUUCCCUGCAGUGGUAAUUUGACUGAACGUCGCGGGACAAUACUGUCUCCUGGCUAUCCUGAACCCUACCCAAACAGUCUCAAUUGUCUGUGGAGGAUUCAUGUCAGUGAAGGGGCUGGGAUUCAGAUCCAAGUAAUGACAUUUGCUACUGAGCACAACUGGGACUCUCUGGAGAUCUACGAUGGAGGAGACAUGACGGCUCCCAAAUUAGGGUCAUUUUCUGGGACAACAGCUCCUGCUCUCCUCAACUCAACAUCCAAUCAGCUCCUUCUUCACUUUCAAAGUGACAUCAGUGUGGUGGCAGCAGGCUUUCACCUAGAAUACAAAACGGUUGGACUUACCACUUGUCCAGAACCAAUGAUCCCAGCUAAUGGAAUUAAAACUGGAGACAGAUAUAUGGUCAAUGAGGUGGUGGCAUUCAGUUGUGAACCUGGUUACACUCUGCAGGGUCACUCUCACAUUUCCUGCAUGCCCGGGACAGUGCGUCGAUGGAACUACCCACCCCCUCUAUGCAUAGCUCGUUGUGGUGGAGUGCUGACUGAAAUGAGUGGUGUCAUCCUUAGUCCAGGUUUCCCUGGCAACUACCCCGGCAACCUGGACUGCACCUGGCAAAUCACCCUGCCAACUGGAUAUGGAGCUCAUAUUCAGUUCCAAAACUUCUCUUCAGAAGACAACCAUGACUUCCUAGAAGUCAGGGCUGGUCCACAGCACAGCUCAUCCCUUAUUGGUCAGUUUACUGGCUCACAGCUCCCACCCCCUUUACUGAGCACUACCCACCUGACGAUCAUCCACUUCUACAGUGACCACUCAGAGAACCGGCCAGGAUUCAAACUGACCUAUCAGGGCUACCAACUUCAAAACUGCCAUGAUCCAUUUCCUUUUGCAAACGGUGACAUCAUCAACAAUGAUUACAGCGCUGGGCAAUCUAUAACUUUUCAGUGCUACCCUGGUUAUGUUUUGAUUGGACACACAGUGCUAACAUGCCUGCAUGGUAUCAACCGGAAGUGGAACCACCCAUUUCCACGAUGUGAGGCUCCUUGUGGCUAUAAUGUCACAGCUGAAAAUGGGACCAUCUACUCACCUCAGUACCCAAAUGAAUAUCCAAACUCCCAAGAUUGCAGCUGGCUCAUCACUGUUCCCCACGGACAUGGAGUUUAUAUAAAUUUUACCUUACUGCAGACAGAACCCGUCACCGAUUACAUUGCUGUCUGGGACGGCCCAGAUACAUCCAGUCCUCAGCUGGGAGUUUUCAGUGGUAACACUGCACUAGAGACAGCCUACAGUACUAGCCCGAAGGUCCUGAUUCGCUUUCAUUCAGACUUUUCAACUGGAGGCUUCUUCAUUCUGAACUUCCAUGCGUACCGUCUUAAGAAAUGCCCUCCUCCCCCUGUUGUGGAGAAUGCAGAGAUGAUCUAUGAAGAUGAGGAUUUCCAAAUAGGUGAUAUUGUGAAGUAUCGCUGUUUACCUGGAUACACGCUGCUUGGAAAGGCAGAGCUUAUGUGUAAACUCAACUCUCAUUUGCUCUUUGAAACCCCGCCCCCAACAUGUCAAGCCCAGUGCCCAGCCAAUGAGGAACGGUUUUCAUCCUCGGGUGUGAUACUGAGCCCUGGGUUUCCUAGCAAUUAUCCAAACAGCCAGACAUGCUCCUGGUUGCUGCGCAUGAUUCCAGGUUACACCAUCAAUAUCUAUGUGGAGAUGUUCCACAGCGAGAAGCAGUUUGAUGAACUGGAGAUUUUUGAUGGAUCUUCCGGACAAAGCCCACUGCUUGUUGCGCUAAGUGGUAACCAUUCCUCUCAACUGAACUUCACAUCAAAGACAAACCAACUCUAUCUACGAUGGUCCACUGACCACGCAACCAACAAGAGAGGAUUCAAGAUACGGUACUCAGCUGCUUACUGUAGCAUUAAUGAUCCUCCACUGAAUGGCGGUGUGGUCAACCGAACCAAACUUCGCCCAGGUAGCAGACUUCAGUACUUUUGUAAUCGUGGUCACAGGCUGGUGGGCUCAAGCAAUGCCACCUGCAAGAUAGACUCCAAUGGGCUUUUCCAGUGGGAUACCCCACCGCCUUUUUGUCAAGCUGUCUCAUGCGGCAUACCUCCGUCACCGGGAAACGGCAGCUUCCAUGCUUACCAGUAUACUGUUGGGAGCCAGGUCACCUAUCAGUGUAACCAUGGUUACCACCUUGACCCAGGUGUUCCGAUGAAUGCCAUGUGUUUGGAGGAUGGCAGCUGGAGCAAUGCUGCCUCAGUCUCCAGAUGUCUACCGGUCCACUGCCCCAGCAUUGACGACGUCCUCUCAGGUCACAUGCUCUACCGCCUAAUUUCUGGUAGGCUGGGAGAGUUUGGUUCUGUGGUGAUGCUGGAGUGCUCAACUGGGUACUAUUUAGGUGCGGGGCAUCGGACUCUUCGGUGCCUUGCCAACCGAACUUGGGAGGGGUCAGAUGCCCCAGCUACCUGUAAGAUUAUCUCCUGCGGGGAACUUCCUUCCCCACCUUUUGGUACCAAACUGGGGACGUUGACCACAUUCGGAGCAACUGCGAUCUUUAUGUGUAACCAUGGCUAUACGCUGGUGGGAUCCCACGUGAGGGAGUGUGGCGCUAAUGGGCUGUGGAGUGGUGUAGAGACCAGGUGUCUAGCUGGUCACUGUGACUCUCCAGAUCCUAUAGUCAACGGCCACAUUAGCGGGGAUGGAUCUAGUUACCGUGACACAGUUGUAUACCAGUGCAUGUUAGGAUAUCGCCUAAUUGGCACAUCAGUCAGAAUCUGCCAACAAGACCAUCGGUGGUCUGGAACAACACCUGUCUGUGUCCCAAUAACUUGUGGUCACCCAGGCAACCCAGCCAAUGGGCGGACCAAUGGCACCGAAUUUAAUCUCAAUGAUGUGGUCAACUUCACCUGCAACAGAGGUUACGUCCUAAGUGGAAAUGCUCGGGCUCAGUGCCGACUUAACGGACAGUGGAGCAGCCCCUUACCAGUCUGCAAAGUGGUGAACUGUUCUGACCCCGGUCAUGUGGAGAAUGGCGUGCGCCAAUCCGGCCUUCGUUACCCAGAAGUCUUCAGCUAUGGUGUGACUGUAUCAAUCCACUGCAAACGAGGCUUCUACCUUUUGGGUUCUGCACUCCUUACAUGUCAGCAUAAUGGACUGUGGGACCGGCCAAUCCCUCGUUGCCUAGCUAUUUCCUGUGGUGACCCUGGUGUACCCCCUAAUGUAGUAGUAUCUGGGACCAACAGUUGGACAUAUGGUUCAGUACUGCAGUACUCUUGUCUACCUGGUGGAGUGCUUGUGGGCAAUGCUACUCGCCACUGUCAGGAAGAUGGUACAUGGAGUGGAGCACCACCCUACUGCACUGGUGUGAGUGCUGGAAUCUGUGGAGACCCAGGGAUCCCUCCUCAUGGUGCCCGUAUAGGAGGAGAGGAAUUUAAAACCAAGAGCCUUUUGCGCUUUAGCUGCGAGGCAGGAUAUAACCUGAUUGGGUCAGCCGAGAGGACCUGCCUUCAUAAUGGCACCUGGAGUGGUACACAGCCUGUCUGUCAAGCUGUAUCCUGUGGUAACCCUGGCACCCCAGCACAUGGCAGAAUUGUCUUCAGUGAUGGCAUCACCUUCGGCAGCUCAGUGGCUUACACGUGCUGGGAAGGCUUCAAAACAUCAGGCCUGACCACCAGACACUGCACAACCAAUGGGACGUGGACAGGACAACCCCCAGAUUGCACUGUGAUCAGUUGUGGUGAUCCUGGGACAAUAGCUAAUGGAAUCUAUAUAGGAAGAGAGUUUAACUUCAACCACACAGUGAUCUACCGCUGCAACCCCGGUCACUUGAUGGAACCACCUGGACAUGGACGCAACGUUCUGCGCUGCAUAAAAGAUGGAACCUGGAACCAAACUAAACCCAGCUGUAAAGUGAUCCAGUGUGGACCUCCCCCUCAAGUACAGAAUGGGAAGGUGGAAGGGACCGACCAUUCAUGGGGAUCGAGUAUUAGCUAUAGCUGUUUCCACGGUUAUCAGCUGUCCACUCCUGCUGUGUUAACUUGUGAGGGGAAUGGGACUUGGACAGGAGACGUCCCACAAUGUCUGCCUGUCCUAUGUGGUGAUCCUGGUUCUCCUGGAGGAGGAUUCAGAGAGGGAAAUAUCUUUUCAUACCGGUCAGAGGUCAGGUUCUACUGCCAUGCCCCCUACUUGCUCGUAGGCUCUGCAUCCAGAGUCUGUCAAGCAGAUGGAAGUUGGACUGGCCAACAACCAGCUUGCAUAGACCCAGCCUUCAACAGCUGUCGUGAUCCAGGAACUCCAGCUUAUGGUAUCCCAGUCAUGGCCCAAGGCUUUCAAGUUGGCAGUAAGAUUUCCUUCAAGUGCCGCAAAAACUACCACAUCCUCGGUUCAACGACAAGAACAUGCCUAGAAAACCUGACCUGGAGUGGAACUCAACCUGAGUGUAUAGCCCAUUCAUGCAGACAGCCAGAGACCCCCAGUAAUGUAGAUGUUCGAUCUAUGGACCUGCCUACCUUGGGAUACACUCUGAUCUACACCUGUCAAGAAGGUUUCUAUCUGGCUGGGGGCUCAGAGCACAGAGCCUGUAAAAGUGAUGGUAGAUGGUCAGGAAAACCACCGCUCUGCAAAGUUGGAGUCAAAGUCAAUCCCAAAGGCAGAGGAGAUACAGAUGUCCAAAAGAACAAGAUUCGUGUUCCAGUGGAUGUCUUCUCUCCGAACUCUGAGUGGAGCGGCUUCUAUGAGUACCUUGGGAAGAGACAGGCCACUGCCUUUACAGUUACUGGGUUCAAUGAUACCAGUGGUCGAGUCAACAUCACAUUACUGGAAGCCAGCGGCGUGUCCAUCAGAUUGUCAGGUACCUACAAGGCAGAGGAAAACCAGCUGCUAUUGAAGGUCUACCAGGUGAAAGGGCCAACAGAGCACUACUACAGCAAGUUUAAGAAUGACAACUGGGCCAUGGAUGGAUAUGUUACUGCUGAAUCGGACCAGAAGACGUUUGUCUACCAGGGCCAUAUACACAGUAAAGAUUUUGGCAAGUUCUAUCUGACAAGACAAGACCCUGUAACCAUGCCGAUGGACCCAUCAAACCCUUACACAAACAGCAGCUCUGUGGCAGCAGCCAUCUUAGUUCCUUUCUUUGCCCUUAUCCUCUCCGGAUUUGCCUUCUACCUCUACAAGCACAGGACAUUGUCUGCUGACACAGAUGACAAUGAGAGACCAAAAGAUACCUGGGGGCCUGGCGGCAGGACACGUCCAAAGGUCCAGUUCAAUGGCUAUGUUGGCCACGAGAGCUCCAAUGGUCAGGCAUCAUUUGAAAAUCCAAUGUAUGACACCAACAUGAAACCCACUGAGGCUAAGGCAGUUCGAUUUGAUACCACACUCAAUACCGUCUGCACUGUGGUAUAGUCCAGCUAUCAUGCCACUGCCCAUACAGUGGUUCAGUCCAGCAUCCAUUGCUGUAGUCUGCAGUGUGGUUUAACCAAACAAAAACAAAAGGACUAACUUAGGAUUUGGACUCGUCACCAUGAGCAGUCGCUGUGUAGCACGCUGGUCCUCGUACAGCAUCAUCUGCACAGUGAUGCAGCUCUACUCCACUUCCUACCUGAACAAGGAUAAUACCCCCCUGUAGUCUGAAAGAGGAAAAAGGGAGAAAUCAGUUGGAACCUAUAAGCAUGGGAGGAGACAAUGACGUCAUCAAGUAACACAAUGUCUGUCGUUCAGGAGAUCCAAUGCUAUAAUUCAGACAUUAGGGAAAAACACAGAUUUAGGAUACAAUUAAUUAAAUUCCCUGAAAGAACAUGUUUGUCCAGUUUUGGCUGACGUGCUUUUUCGCAACCUUCUUAUAGAAAGAGUUUUAUAUGGCCAGUGUCAUAUGGGCCUCUGAAAUCCCCUCUACAAUUAAACUUGUUCAUGCUGAUCUAGCCCGGUGCCCCUUACGAACUCCCCUGCUGCAGGCCAGGAAUGGGUUUGACUCAUUUGAGGUUCAGACCUCAGGGGAAACUCAUCCACCCUCCAGACAUUAGAUGGUUCAUAUAUGUAGAUAUACCUCUUUCUGGAUUUCCUUUAUAUGGGACUUGACAGGACUAUACCCUGAGAUGUAAUGACACUUUAACAGAGUCUAUUCAAAAAAUAACAGUGAUUGCACAGACUGCUGUAAGACCGACAAAACAUACUGACAUAAUAACACUCUCAUUCAGUCCUGGACACUGGAAUGAAAUUAGUGUUAAUUGUGAUGGACGAGUGCUAAUCAAGCCAGGGUCAAGUAGAAGCUGCAGUGAAGUUUUGACGAUGUUUUAGCCUAUUUGGAGAUCUGAACGAGUUGGGUUCAAUAUAGCAGGACAAUCACAGAGUUAGUAAAGUUUAGUUGUCAGUUAAUUAUGGGUUUCUGUAAUUGUCUUUACCUUAUUUCGCCUUUUCUAAUAAUGUCUACAAACAGUAGAUAGCAACUUAUUAGGCUAAAACAUACCAAAUCAGGCUUGUGCAAACAAAGUUCAGUAUCAGAACCUGUGGACUUAUUUUAGAUGUCAAUUGAACAUUUUCAAAUAGGAUUAUAUAAAGGUACAAAAUACAUGCAGUCAACUUAAUACAAUAUUCCACAGUAGCAUUAGGCAAGCUGAGAUAAACCAGAAAACCAGACAUUUGAGUUGCCCGGUUGGUGUACGCAGUGGACUGGUUUCCAGAGGCCUGUCUAAUACAAUCAAGGAGUCAGACAACUGAUUCUCGUUCUUAAACUAGCCAGGAUUCUGUGCUUGGUGGCUGAACAAGUGGAAGCCUGGAGGCAAUAAGCUGUCAGGAUCGUCGACUGCUGCAAUCAGCUGUAGCCAAAUCCAGGAAAUGAAUUGUCUUCUCAUAGCUCUGAUCGGGACUAUCAGUCAGGAAAUGACUGAUUUUAUUAUACUCUCCAGCCACAAAAUCAGAAAUAGAUGAACUGAUUGACAGAUUCUUUGACUGACAGACGCAAACAAAAGGACAGAUAGACACCUCUGUCAGUCGUGCUGGAAGGAGGACAUGUUGCUGUGGAAGCAGAGGCAAAUAGCCUCUUAUUGUCUCUUCUGGCAUUUUUCUUCAGUGAAGAUAUUGAUGAACAGACUCGUAUGUUCAAAACCCCAGUGGCCCCAUGGGACUUCCCAAACCACUGCUGCCGGGGACCCCAUAAUAUAAACUUUAUAUAAACCGCACAAAUUUUGCACUAGUGUGUUUUUCUGACUGGGUUAUGAAAAAAAAUGAAUAAUUUUUGGGUCUGAAAUGGGUUUGGAAAAUGAGUAAUUAAAAAAUAGCAUUUUAUUCAAAAACUUCUAUCUUUAAAAAG